AAGCGGUCGGAAAAUGUAAACAAAAGAACACACACACUUGCGCACGACUGAGUGUGUGUGAGUGCGUGUACAGAAACCUGUUUGUUUAGGGUUCGGGAGACUUGUUCUGUCUGCCAGCAGCACCACCAAGGAGGAACAAAAGGGACCAUAAUUGCAAAACUACCCCUUUAAUGGUUUAUCACUAAACUACAAUUAGCGAUAUUGUUUAACAGAUGUUUACAUUAAUCAUCCCCAGCUGACUGGCUUUCCCGAAACGGUUGAUACCUCGUGCCAAAUCUCUAUUGCGCAUCGGGAUUCCGGGAUAUGAGGGUAGACAAAAUAAGCAAAAAAUACAAUCUAUUCCACCAACACACAAUUUCUAAGCGAGUGCGUCGUUGUGUUGCGUCUUCGUACAUUACUCGCCCAACCCCACCACCGUUCAACGAGGGCUGCUGGUGGUAAGGAGAGCUCGUACGCGCGCGGUCACAACCACUUUCCGAGAAUCCGGCGGCGCGCGUGUUUGUCGCUGGCAAGUGUAGUCGCGAUAUUUGAUUUAACGACGAUAGUGCGCAGCAGUAGCAGGAGCAGGAACAGCAUCAGGAGGGCUCACUCGGCAGCUUCCCAUUUUAGUGAUCACGACCAACCUGAACCCAGUGCCAAUACAGUGCAUCCGUAGAGUGCUUUGUGAAAACCGCCGCGCUGUGUGUGAAACAAAGCUGCACGCUUGCUAAUCAACAAAAGCCUCCCUCUAAGUGCUGUGCUAAAAGAGAAAGUCCAGAACGGGUUUUCGGUCGUGCGUGCGUGCGUGCGUGUGUAUUCACCCUUUACUCCCCGGAGGGUUGCUGCGAAACGAAAAACGGAAUCACUAGUGUUUGACAUUGAACGCGUAGAUUGCUGCGUUUUUAGAUAUUUAUUUUUGGCCUGCCCUACAAAGCAACCACCCAGCCAACCAUCAUCCCGUUCCCGACCACCAGGACCCAAGGACCAGCUGGUAUAGUUUCUAGCCAAAGCAGAGAAAAAAGAAACUAUCUUCGCUCGAUGCAUCCCACCGAAUGUGUGUUUAUUUGCGUUUGCGUCGUCCUUUGAGUGUGGUCGGUCAUGGUUUUACACUAAUUCGACGAAGAGCAGCUCAGAAGUAAGCGAACCACCGUUGCCAUCGUUGCCGUCGUUAGUGUCGUGCCCUUGUAACUAAAUUAAACGUUUCCAAAUCGCCGAUCACUGGCUCAGCGCAUGGUAGUUUGGUGAAGUUGAAGCUACCCACUUUCUUAUGGAAAAUCCAAGGUCGGAAAAAGGAGUUUGUUAAAAAUUACCCCGGUGAAACGAAAAAAAAAAAGGAAAACCUGCAAAUCCAAAAGAGGACAGCAAACACGAAUGAUUCUUGCCGUUAGGCAAAGUAGUCCAAGGAACUUCCGAACGCCGGCUAAGUGUACGAGGUGAACUGGCACCGACUGUUCUUAAUUCACGAGUCACUGAACCACCAAAAUGCCAACACUGCUGGAAGCGCUAGAAGAAAAGUACGGUCUGGAGCCGGACGACAAAGAGGACCACGCCGACGAAGAGGUGCUCGUGUCCAUCUUUGUUCCCAAGCUACCACCGAGACAAAGCACACCCCAACUGCUUAUACUGAACGAUUGCAACAUUGAUCGUGCCGGUGAACCGGAGGAUUUGAAGAAAAAAUGUCGUAUCGUAAAGGAGCUCGAUCUGGCACAGAACAAACUGAACAAUUGGAACGAGGUAUUCGUCAUUCUGUCGCACAUGCCCCGGGUUGAGUUCGUCAAUCUCAGCCUGAACCAUCUUACCGGGCCGAUCGAGACGCCGGCCGUCACCAAGUUGGAUCAUCUGCGGAAUCUAGUGCUGAACAACACCAAGCUGGAAUGGUGUAGCGUAGAGACACUGCUCCGAUUACUGCCCGCCCUCGAAGAGCUACACCUUAGCCUGAACGAGUACACGCACGUGCUGAUCGAUACGGCCGGAAGUGAGGACACCGGUGUCACUUCAUCUACCGAUACCGGUGGGAAUGCCAACGCAACGGCACCGGCAACUAGUCAAAAGCAGGAGGAGAAUGAAGAAGAAUCGAUGGGCAACGAUAAUACGGCAGAAGAACCGGCAUCAUCAUCCGGCCACCGCAGCCGAACCAGCUCAUCGUCGUCCCAAUCAACCGAAGUGCCACCGUUUCGUACCAACCCGCAUGCCGGUGUCCGGAAGGUGCACCUCACCGGUAACUACAUUGCCGAGUGGAGCGAAAUCUGUCGCAUCGGACGAGUGUUUCCGCAGCUGGAAACCCUGGUGCUGGCAGAUUGUCCGUUGAGGUCUAUCAAGCCAACCGAUGCCGAGGGUAACACUGAAAAUGCAGAAGAAAGUCACAAAUACUUUCCGAACUUGAAGCUGCUAAACUUGAGCAAUGCCAAGAUCGACUCAUGGGAAGAUAUCGAUCGGCUAUCCCGCUUUCCGGUGCUAAGCAAUGUGCGACUUCAGUACUGGCCACUGUGGUCGCGUACGGAUUCGAUGACCGAGCACGAACGGCGCCAGCUGCUGAUAGCGCGGCUUCCAAACAUCAGUAUUCUGAACGGUGGCGAUACGAUAGGUGCAGUCGAGCGAGAGGAUGCGGAACGGUCCUUCAUUCGCCACUAUCUAGAUAAACCGGAAACGGAGCGACCCCCGCGGUAUUACGAACUGGUCGGUGUGCACGGUAAGCUGGAUCCGCUCGUGAACAUCGAUUUACGACCGGAGCGUAAGGUGAAGGUGCGGUUCACCUUCGAAGAUAAGACGGUCGAACGGACGGUCGACGUGAACAGGACGGUAAGCGAUCUGAAGUCCCGAUUGGAGCGGCUAUUCGAGGUACCGGCUUCUCGGAUGCGGUUGUACUACGUCGAUCAGGAUCUACGCGAUCUGGGCGCCGAGGAGAUGAAGUACCCGACGAAGGUGCUCUACAGCUAUAAUAUACGAUCCGGUGAUGAAAUCAUCAUCGAGCGGAAGGUGAAAAGUUGAUUAACGUCGCCCGCAUUCACUGGUGAUACAACGAAGUGAUUACAAGGAAGCCCAGCUAUAGGAACACCUCGUCGUGUCCUUUUUUGAUAAACUAGAUAUUGUGAUAUGAAGAGCGUGUCACAACACACACACCGUAUACUUAAGUAUAUGCCACUCUCCAUCGCAAAUGCAGCAGCUACCUAUACAAACCUCAGCGGAUACCGGAUCAGUUUGGUUUUUUUCCCUCCUGUACUGGGAACAAUCCCUUCUCCCCGCGGUGCAGUGUGUUUGUCCCAGUUGCGAAACCUCACUUUUGCUUUGUUUCCUAACUUGUUUAAGAUCCUUUCCAUAGUAAUAGCGACGUACAGAAAAAGAGCUGGAAUCAAACUAUGGCAGCCUAAUAAACUAACUAGUUACUCAUAACGAACGAUAA